AUGGAAAAUACAACAAUUGGAAUCCUUAACCUGUUGAACAGUUCAAAUGGGGGAAAUAAUGGAACCUAUGCGUAUCCCAUGUCACCAAUCGAACCUGAAUAUUUCAAUAUAUACAAUAUAUAUCUGUACUUGAUGAUCAUUUUUGGUGUGUCCGGCAAUAUAAUCGUGCUUGUCGUGUUCAUCUACAACCCUCCUUCUAACACUACCGACUGGUUCAUAUUCACUAUAACAGUCUGCGAUUUCAUAUCUUCGUCUGUCAAUGUUCCAGUCUAUGCAACUUUCACCAACGGGUUUUGGCGAGUGUAUGGAACCACGCUUAUAUGUAGACUUCACAUGUUUUUAAGUCAGUCAAUUGUUCUCUCAUCGUCAUUUCUGAUUUGUGGACUGGCUUUGGACAGAUAUUUAAAGGUUUGCAGGCAGCUGUCAUCGUUCACAACAGCUCGUGCACGUAAUGUUUGUGUAGUAAUAAGUUUACUUACAACAGCGUUGUCCGCACCGGCUUCUGUGAUGUAUGAAAAUCGAGCAGGGCGAUGUGUAUCGAUAGUAAUGGAUAAAACACUGUUUGCAUAUUAUCUCUUGGUGUUUUUGAUAUUCAUAUGUGCGGCAAUUAUUGUUGUAUUUUCUUACUGUAAUGUAACAAAGACAGUCAUAGAUAGCGAGGCCAAUGUUGCAAGACAUGCUAAUAGAACUUAUAAUCUAAAUAGAAGAAAUAAAACUUUCUGCUGUUGCAUACCGUCUUGUCGCAAAGGAAAAGUAGCACCUUCACUAUCCCAGAUGUCUCGUAACAGGCCUUCCCGAGAUGGCGAACAAUCUGUUGGCGCAAGACAUGUUAUAAUAGAAGAUAAUAAAGACAUCAUACAAGAUCAAAGACAAAUACACAUGCAAACUAUUUCUGACGGGCAAAUAACGGCAACUAUUAAUCAGUCACAACCACCAGACAGGACCACAGAUAACAGCAUAACGCGUUCAACAGCUUCAAACAAUACAAGUAGACAAAGAAGAACAUCCAGUCAACGUACUACCCAAAUAUCAUUUUUAGUGUGUACUGUGUUCAUUCUCUCUUGGAUACCACCCUGGCUUUGCUUUGUUCUCGCAUCUAUUCCUGGUAUGCGCACUGACAUCAAUGUUGUUAAAUUCAUGUUAUUUGGUAGAAUGACUUACCUGGUCAAUGGAUUUUCAAAUCCGAUCAUAUAUACAUUGCUGAACAAAAAAUUUCGGACCCGUAUACUUGAAAUCUUUUGUUGCAAGAGAAUGUAA